GUUCAACCAAAGCCGUAAUUCCUUUUAUCAAAAUACUGUUCAUUGUGUAGCAGACACUGCCAUUGUCCCGUUAACGUUUGAAGAGUAAGUUUUCAAAGGUAAAUUCGUAAUCUCCUAACCAUGAUUGCGGAGGGCUUCCUGAUUCUGUCGGUCAGCAUGAUCGGCGUCUUCGGCCAGAUCCCGUCGCCGAGUGCACCGUACAGUAAUUUCACCUACAUUUCCGGGAAAGGCAGCGCGCUGCUGGCCAUUGAUCGAGUUGGCAUCGUCCACAGUCUCGUCGGUGGGGCAUGGACUGCAUUACCCGCACCUGUCCCGUUCGUUGACCCCAUUGACCCCGGAGUUAGUUCGACCAAAGCCGUCACGGUGGGCGCUAGCCCGGAUGGCUGGCAUCAUAUGUGCACGGUGUCAGGUGAGACGUACCGUUUUAAUCCAACCAGCAAUGCCUGGGAGGGCACCAACAGUGGCAGAUGUCUGCAGAUCAACGCGCUGAACAAAAACACCGCUGUGGACAUUCUGGCGCCAACAGCAACCGCGGAUUAUGGAGAUGUUCAAAAAUUAAAUGCGGCCCUCUUAAUUCCUACAUGGAGCGAACUGGGCGGUACCGGGCAGCGAACCAAUCAAGCGUUCCGCUGGAGCAAAUGGGUCAGUGUCGGGGAAGACGGGGAGAUCUGGACGAUCUCGCGCGCUGGCGAAGUCUUCCGCUUCAACGCCGCCACCAACAACUUUGACGGGAUCCCCAUUCUGGAUGCCCUGCGACUGGAGGUGCGCAAUGCCAGCUACGCCACGGUCGUGACCACCGGCUGCAACGCGUGGACCUUCAGCAGCGGAACCUGGACUAAGUGGGCCAUCGCGACCUGCCCGAAACAGACGACCUCUAACAGCAACAACGAUUAUUACCUGGACGGCCGUGGUCGCUUCGGCUCGCGCCAUUAAACAGCUUUUCAUCCAUGGCAAAACUAAUAUCGGCAAUAGUUUGCUACUGAUGCUUCUUACCAUUAGUAAAUGUUGGCCUAUGGCUCCGCAAAUGCGGUUUGAUUUGCAUUGAUUUUAAAAGUGGUCGUCACGUGCUUGGCAGUUUUUCACACGAGCAAACCUUCUUUCCUCGCCUUCUGGCCUGGAGCGCUAUUGUCAUCCCGGAAGCAGCAUAAUCUAAUCUGAAAACCAAAUAACAACUAACAAUAAAGCUGCGGCUCGAUAUUUCAUAACGCGUCAGUAACGUUUCACGCUUGAGAUGGUAAUAAAAGGGGCUUCUG